UCUCGAUUCUAGACAUUGUUUGAAAAUUAACACAUAUCAAAAAUAUACUUUUCUUCUAUCACAACACGUGUCUCAUUUUGCUGCUCUCUUCUUAUCGCUAUAUAUAUGUGUAAAUAAAUAAAAACAAAGAACCAAAACAUAAUAAGCCCCACCGAGUUCUAGUAAAUUGAGCCCAAGUUCUGAAACUCUCUUCUCCUUUUUCUUCCUCUACUUGCCCAAAAUAUUAAUUUGAGAGAAAGAGAGGCGGGAAGGGACGACCUUCGAACACAGUUAGUAAUGGCUAAAGGGUUAAUGGGUUUGAUCUGCUGCUUCGUCCUUACGGUGGUCAUCUUUACAGAGAGUGUGGCUGCGGCGAAUUAUACUGUUGGAGACUCUGUAGGUUGGACGAAUAUUCUUCCAAACUCUGCCUAUUACUCCGACACUUGGGAUGAAAACAAAAACUUCAUGAUUGGAGACCAAUUAACGUUUAAUUGGACCGGAGCACACAACGUGGCUAAAGUAAAUACAGAAGCCGAAUACGAUCAAUGCUCAAUAGCUUCAGCAACAGUAUUAAGUAGCACAAGCCCAUUUGUGUAUACUAUCAACACCACUGGCAAGCACUAUUUCAUUUGCACCAUCGGAAGCCACUGCCAAAGUGGCCAGAAGCUGAACAUUGACGUCGAUCGCUCAAACACCCCCACAACCCCAACUACACCAACUACUCCAUCUACUCCUACUACCCCAUCUACUCCUACUACUCCCAAUACUACCACUACUUCUCCCACAACUCCUAAUACUACCCCUACUACUGCAUCACCAAAUUCGUCUCCUUCGUUUGCGCCCUUCGGAACUUUAUCCGCAGUAGUGUGCGCCCUAGUACUCUACUCCUUGAUGUAGAUUAUUAAAGUCAUGUAGUGGCCAGGUGGUACGUAGCACCACCAAGCAUAUAUAUCUCAUAGCUUCUGUUUUUUUGCUGCGCGCUACGUAUGCGUACUAUUUAUUAAUUAUUUUGUCUGUAAUGUUUCACCAUCGUAUGUAUGUUUGGAACUGAUAUUAUUGCUAUUAUUUAUUGUUUGUACGUAUCCAUUUUCCUCGGGAGAAUUUAUUGAUAGUAGAUCGUAUAUGAGAUUGGAUAUUAUUGUGGAA